AUGGCAACCACCGCGAUGGACUACGAAGCCGCAGGUGGCGAUCGGUAUGACGAUGAGCCCCCUCGGUAUGAGCGUGACAACCGAAGCGCCUCCCCCCGACCCAUUCGCGAUGACAAUGAUGGCGGCCGUCGCCGCUCUGCUUCGCCUAAUGGAAACGCGGACAAUGGCCCUAAGACCUCGUCUGGCCCUCGGGAUGACGACGACGACGGCGCCAUCAACCCUGGCUCCAAUCUCUUCGUCACGGGUAUUCAUCCUCGUCUCACGGAAGCCGAGGUGUCCAAGAUGUUCGAGAAGUACGGCGAUGUCGAGAAAUGCCAGAUCAUGCGUGACCCGCACACCAAGGAGUCGCGUGGCUUUGGCUUUGUCAAGAUGGUCACUUCUGAGCAGGCCGAGGCCGCCAAGGAAGGCCUGCAGGGAGAGCAGAUUGAAGGCCGCACUCUGAGCAUCGAGAAGGCUCGACGUGCUCGGCCACGCACCCCUACGCCUGGCAAGUACUUUGGACCACCAAAGCGAGACCCUCGUCCUCGCUUCGAUGACCGUCGGCGAGGCGGCUACGGUGGAGGUCCAGGCGGAUCUGGCCGCGAUGAUUACCGCUACCGCGGAGAUCGUGGCCAAGAGCGUCGAUACGAUGACCGCCGCUACGAUGACAGCAGAGGUGGCUACGACCGCGGCUACCGCGAGGAACGACGCUACGAUGACCGCAGCUACGGACGUGACUACGAGCGUGGCUACGAACGUCGCGAGCGCGGUGACGACUACUAUGGUCGCGAGCGAUACGGUGGUCGCGAAGACCGCGAUCGCUACGCUCAGCGCGGUGGACCUGGCGGUUAUGACCGCGAACGAUAUGAUCGCCAGGGCGAACGCGACCCUGCUCGCUCCCGAGAGCCUGCUGCAGGCGGCUCUGGCUAUGGCGAGUCCGGCUCGCGAUCCGACGCCCGUGAGGCGUACACAGGUCCUGAGGCCUCGGCACGAUAA